ACAGAACAACUUCGGCCAUCGAUUGUAGCAGCAGCAAAACGCAUGCUGAGGGUGAGAAAAUUUUCCAUUAAUAACCAGAAAAAACAGGAUGUUAAAUUUUUAACAGAGUGCAGUGAAAUGUGUCAGUGUUCCGGCUCGCUGUGAUAACUCCGUUGAAGCAGGAGGAUUAACGAGAAAACGAUUAGAAUCGAUCCCAUUUGCUGACGGCUAACUCGUGUUUUGGCCCGCACGAGUGACGAUUCACGGCCUGCUGGGCAGAGUUAUCGAGAAGAAGAUUGUUGAAUCAGUGAACAAACAGAAGAGAAAGAAGAAGAAGAAGGGAACAGCAGCAGCAGCAGUAGUGUCGAAUCGAGUUGAACGAAAAGUUGCUGCUCGCUUGCUGUAGUGUAAAGUGCUAAAAGGUGUGUAAGGAAGGAAAAGAAAAUUUAACCCCUCAACAGAGGAAAAUUAAACCUGCAAACGGAAGAAGUUUGUGGGUAAAAAUCAACGAUGUCGACGCUGCACUUUGUGGUACAUCCGCUGCCCGGAACGGAGGAUCAAUUGAAUGACAGAAUCCGUGAGGUUGCGGACAAAAUCAACAAGUAUGGUGUUCAAGCGCUACCGGCACUUCACUCGCUCAAAGUUCCAGUCAAACAAAUCGUAAUCGGACCAGCUCACCUCGGUGUGCUGCUCGAAGAUGGACGUGCGUUCCGCGUUGCUUUCUCGAUCAUCCCGGAACGGUUGGAUUUGAGUAAACAGGAUGCAAACAAGGCCAGUGGUAAUGCCGCUGGCAGCACCGCCAGCCAAUCCAAUAAUAACUCGAAGAAUUCCCCAGCCUCGAGGCAAUGUCGCUCUCGGGCUCGGAUCAUGCGCACGAGCAAUACGGUGCGCGGCGGCAGCAGUUCACAGGGAUCCGGUUCACGCAGCACCGGAGUCAUAAUGGGCGGGGGAUCGUCCGGCAGUCGGUCGCUUGUUUCGGUGCCGGCUCCAUUCGUACCGGAGGAGCUAGUGACACAGGCACAGGUAGUGCUGCAAGGCAAAAGCCGAAAUCUGAUCAUCAGAGAACUGCAACGGACGAAUCUUGACGUAAACCUAGCGGUGAACAAUUUGCUCUCACGUGACGAUGAGGGCGGUGACGACACAGAGGAGGGCAGCGAUAACUAUGUCGCUGAGGAUCUGAUUUCUCUACUCGACGGAGGUUUCCACGGAGACAACAGUGUGAUCAUAGAUGCGGAAGCGAUGUUUUCUGAGGACAUGUUUGGAUUUUCGAACAUUAGAAAUUUGAUGUUAUACAGUCGUUCUCGCAGUGAACGAAAUCAGAGCAGCUCAUCAUCGUCGGCUGCCGCUGCAGGAGGAGGCGGAAGCGGAACCGGUGGCGGUGGAGGAGGAAGUGGCUCUGGUAGUGGUGGAGGAGGAGGAGGAAGUUCGGGUAGCGCAGGAGGAUCUGGAGCAGCCGGGGGAAGUGGUAGUGGUGCCGACGUAGGCUCCGGUCGUCAGAGUAGUGGAAGUACCGCUGGCGUUGGUGGUUCCACCGGGAAUGGUGUCAGUGUUGCUGGGAGCGGUGUUGGUGGAUCAGUUGGAGUCGGCAGCGGAAGCAGUGGAUCUGGUGGCCUAACCAGUGCCGAGAGGGAAGGAUUCGGCCGGUGGCGUGAUCGACAGUACUUCGGACCACGCCGAUGGUUCCAGAGCGGACGCGAAGACGGAUGGGACAAAGAAAGUGUGAAACUUUACUACUCCCUAGAUCCGAAGAAGAAAGAAUUUGGAUCCGGUUAUCCACUGUGGGUAUCAGACGAAUUGGAACCCUGGCCGGAGAAAGAUCAGCCUGUACGAUUUACCGAAAUUGCGUCGCUUUACUCCGAGUUCAUCGGGGUGACCAGUAAAGGUGAAUUACAUCAAUGGCGUUGGGCUGACGUGGAACCAUAUCGAAGUAGUGAAUCGGUCAAUAUCUUCCACCCGAAAACGGUGCCUUUGAACUUGCUAUACGAGAAGGUUACCCACAUUUCAGCGACUUCGAUCCGUUGUUCGGUGUCUACUGAGAGUGGCCGGAUUGCCACCUGGAUGGAUGAACUACUUGGCUAUGCUGGAAAUAAGUUGGAACAUGUGGCCACAAGUUAUCCGGAGUUUGCUCUCGACAAGAUCGUGUCUCUACAUACGUGCACUUUAUAUACGGUAGCAAGAACUGAAAGUGGCGAACUAUUUUGGUGGGGUGUUCUACCUUUCGGACAACGAAAACGUCUAUGGGAUAAAUACAAAGCCAAAGCUAAAAAACCGGUACGACCGAGCGUGAACACCCCGGAGGUGACGGUCGGUGCCCAGGUUUGUAUGAAGAAUAGUCCCAUGUAUCAGCAUGGCGCCAUUGGAUUCACAAUUUCAAACGGUGUUCCUAAAGUCGGUCAGCUACUCAACGCUGCCUGGGAUUUGACCAACAUUUGUCGAUUUAAACUUUUGUCAAUGUCUACACUAUCGCAGCAAUUGGGACUGGUGACGGGACCGAGCACUAGUGCUCCAUUGAACAAUUUGGCUCCGAUGAUCGAAAAAGAAAAGCCUCCCAGUACGAAUAGUACCAGUUCUAAGCAGAACUCCGGUGGCAGUAAUAAAGAGACGGCCGAUCGGUUGGAUAUGCCUCCGCCACCUUCGCCAGCCUCGAGUACAUGUAGCGACACCGGUAGCGUGAGCAAUUCCCAUAAGCGACAGAAGCGAAUGGCCCCGAAGGACGAUUCCGACACUAAGAAGGAUGAAGAACAGUGGCUACUAAAGGAUGUCAUUUUUGUCGAAGAUGUCCGCUCGGUUCCGAUCGGACGAGUGUUGAAAGUAGAUGGCGAUUAUGCGGCGGUUAAAUUUCCUCCGUUGAUACCACCGGGAAGCUCUAGUGCUGCUACCGGCAGCGGCAGUAAGGAUAAGCUCGACGAUACAAUCGAAGCUUGGCAAGAUUGCCGAUUGCUUCGAAAGGACGACCUUCAGGUGAUAAAAUCAGCCACCACCUCCCGUGUGCCCGAUUGCUUCCAGAAGAUCCCCAGAAGAAUAGUACUGAAUCCACAUCUCCCCAGUGGGGAGACCGGUUCACAGCUAUUGACAAUAGCGGUUGACUCCAAAGGUAUUCAUGCCAUCAUGAGAACUGGAAGUAAGUUGCACUAUUGUUUGUUCAACUUGAAUACUGGACGCCAGGAGCAAGACAGUGUUUUUCCAACCGAUAUUGCGUCCUUCUUGGGAACCGUACCGUCGAAUGUUUCGUUGACAUGCGCUGGUGAUUGUUCGGAAAGUGUUUUGCUGCUGCGAGACGGCAACAAUACCAUCUACCCCAUGUCAAAGGAUUGCGUUGACGCUAUUAGAGAUCCAACUUGGCUAGAUCUACCACCAAUAAAGUGUAUUGCAGCUGCAUCGCUGACGCUUCCUUCGGUCGGAGUGAAUUUAAAAUCGCAGGUGUCACUUGUAGUAUUGGCGCCUGAACAACAACUGUUGAUGUCUAGAAUUUUGAGAUGUGAUCUGGAAGGGGUUCGCCAUGUGCUUGGUCAGUUGGAAGGAGAGCUUAAAAGUCAACUGUUGUCAGUCAUUUCGGAACAUACCGACGGUAAUAGAAACAUUGUACACGCCUGCAUCAGCAUGUGUUCGCCAACAUCAAAUAAAGAUUCUGAUCAUGAUCCUUUAGCACAAGGUGGAUCAGGAAAUGGUUCUAAUGCCAAUAGUGGUUCUGGAGGUUCAGGAUCUAAUUCCGCAGCCCUAGAAUGCAUAAAUGUAAUCACUAAUACCAUGAUGGGUAACCGCCCUGUAAGCAUCCGAGAAAUCAUGCGUCGCAGUGUUAAUCGUGAAUUAGAUGCUUCGAAUUCAAACAGUGCCCCUCUUCCACCAGGAAGUGACGAUGCACCAGGUGGAUCUUUACCUGUUGUCUAUUGGCCUCCAGAAUAUGAUCCGACAAGUGGUGAUGAGGACAGCCUGAGUGGCAUGAAUACUUCUCAGUCUCAGAAAUCUAUGAAUGAAAAUUACAUCUCCGAUCCCAACGAACGACGAGCAAACGCCCUCCAGAUUGUGCAACUUCUGUGUGAAAACCCCGUUUUACAACCUUAUUUAAGACAACUAUUGAGCGCUAAGGACGCCCAGGGACAAACCCCGUUCAUGCUGGCCGUGACAUGUCGUGCCUAUCAGGCAGGAAUCAUUGUGUUUAAUGCAAUAUUGAAAAUCGCCAAUAGUGACUCUGCCGUACGUGAUUCAAUGAUCUUUCCACCGGGAAGUGCUCCUGAUCAAUCACCACUAGGAAUCUUGUGCUGCAAUGACACCUGCUCCUUCACUUGGACUGGAGCAGACCAUAUUAAUCAGGAUAUUUUCGAGUGUCGCACCUGUGGCCUUACAGGAUCUUUGUGUUGUUGCACGGAGUGUGCCAAGGUUUGUCACAAAGGACACGAUUGCAAACUGAAACGCACUUCUCCCACUGCCUAUUGCGACUGUUGGGAAAAAUGCAAAUGUAAAGCGUUGAUCGCUGGUAAUCAAACCAAACGCUACGAAUUACUAUGUAAGAUAGCCACUGACACUGACUUGGUUACACGGUUUAACUCUCGUGGAGAGUCUAUUCUUCUGUUUUUGAUUCAAACUGUUGGCCGUCAAAUGGUCGAACAACGUCAGUAUCGCGCCACGUCACGAAUGCGUAAUUCUUCGGGGAGUGCUCGAAAAACACCAUCCCUGGAUACAGAGAGCGACAUGCCGGAGCAUGACUUAGAACCACCUCGCUUUGCGAGAAAAGCGCUGGAUCGCCUGUUGAACGAUUGGCCGGCGGUUCGCUCGAUGAUCAUGACAGGUGCUGAACUAGAGAAACCCAUCAUCCCCAAUCCGAAUCAACCAUUCUAUGACGAUGACAAUCAGCAAGUUUAUCUGCAGUCGCAGAGUGGGACAACCCUACUGGAUAAAUUUACUCACAGUUUGAUUGUGCGAUGCAAUAGUGAUCCGUUGGAAAAAUUGCUCGUUACGCUGGUUAACGAGUUGCAAAAUGAAACCAUUUCUGGAAGGAUUGAAGAAGCUCAGAAAGUAGCAAGGCGGUUUGUUCGCUCGGUUGCACGAGUAUUUGUCAUCUUUAGCAUCGAGCGUUUCCACAACCCGGAAAAGUCAAGAAAUUCUACGACGCAAACAAAGCAUUUGCAGGCGUACCGUCGCGUAUUUACCACUCUGUUCAAAUUUGCAAUCGAGGAAUUGAUUGAGAUAUCCGAUGCGUUGAUCACCCCGGUACGGUUGGGUGUUGUCAAACCGACAGCACCGUUUUCAUUGUCGUCCAAUAGUAUAGAUAGUACCGAUGAUUUGUUCUCCGUAGAACCGUUGGCUCCUCCAACGAAUCGUGCUGCAAAUGUAGUGGACAUAGCCUCUGGUAGCUCACGUGGUGAUGUCAUCGAAACCGAACGUAGCUCGAACUCGGGAUUCAUGUCCAGGAUAAAUUUACGGCUGCGUGACAUUGAGGACAAUAAUGAUGCCGAUCAAAUGGCACAGGACGAUGGAGAGACAUCCGAACAGGAAGAGAUGUCUGAACGGGAACAAAUAACUCCUAGAAGGAGUGUCAGUGUACGUGCUGUUUCUAGCUCAGUGGCAAUCAAUGCCAAUGAAGAGGAGUCUCAAGAUCCGUUGCGUAACGAAGAAGCAGCACAGGGUGAAAGCGAUACGGAGUUCAACUUCCACGAAGCCGAAACGGAAUCCGAUUCCGACGAUAAUCAAAGCACGCAGGAUGCUCAACGCAGUGUUCAGACUGGGGCAACGGCUGGAUCGGAUACAGGUCACGCAUGGAUGUUCGAAAACGAAGACGAUUCCGGAGAUUCGAGCCAACCGGAUGAUGAAGGAUCCGAAGACGGUGAAAGUGAUGACCAUUCACAUGAGGACUUCAGCUUAGCCGAUGAGCAGUUGGAGCGUCGGCAAACAUCCGGAGGCAACCAACGAACGAAUCUGGCUCCACAAUCGAUGCAAUGGGCUAUCAGAAGUCGGGAAACGACUGGUCCGGAACGGGUUCGUCUCACCACCGGCGGAUCUAAUUUGGUGUUCAUUGACCCGAACGCACUGCGACGAACGACGGCUGCUAGUGCGGCUGUUACCGCUGCCCAGCAACAAGAGACUCCAACAAUGACGACAACAGCUAGCGCUUUAGCACGAGCUUUCGGUAUUGUGCUGAGACAGAUUUCCGACUUGAUUGGAAUGUUACCAACAAGCUUCGCUGGUGCGUCAUCUGCUUUGGACGUAACUCAUCAAGAGGCAGUUCAGUUGCAGGAGUACGUCGAAAAACGAUUGAAACCCACAUGGGACUGGAUCCUGACCGUGAUGGAAGCCACCGAGGCACAACUGCGCUUUGGAGCGUCAUUGACUGAUUCUACAGACCCGACGCACCCGUUGCAUCCACUUAAUACGCCAAGCACGACAUCUUCCAGCAGCAAUAAUGCCAGCUCGUCCGGGGGCAUGAUGGGAGUACUCGCAGGCAGUAGAAAUCGUGCCGCUAUCACCACUUUGGGCGCAACCACCGCGAGAAGUCUCGGAUUUAGCGAUAGCACCAAUAACGAGAGAAGCUCGCGCGAUGGUGGUUCAUCGUCGGAUGCCGCUUCAAGUCGUCGUGAUUUCUUGACCUACUGUUUGUCACUGAUGCGUGCCCACAAUUCGGAACAUCGCGACUUCCUACCCGUACUGGACGUGACAGCUCUACGCCAUGUCGCUUACGUACUAGACGCCAUCCUAUUCUACAUGCGUGCAACCAACGACUGCGAUAUCGAUCGCACCACUACGGGAUUGAACACGUGGGACGAUCAGGACGAAAAUGAAAAUGAAGACGCAGAAGAGGACAUUUCAACGUCCAUCGUGAUGGACACCGAUUCGGUAGAUGACGAUAUGAUGCGACCAUCUCUCGGUCGACGUCAUUCAUUUUUCCAAAGGUCCGAUUCGACGCUUUGCCUAGGCUGUCCGGCACCAGAUCCGUUUAACACUCCGCUGGCAGAAGCCCUUCCUCUGGCUGAUCAGCCACAUCUACUUCAACCCAAUGCACGACGGGAAGAGCUGUUCGGUAUGCCGAAGCGUCCGAUUACUCUUCCGCCAAACUCUCAACAACCUGGUGAAUGUAAUGUUAAUCUUGAGGUACCUCCGGUUCGACUAAGUCUUUCUUCUACAAUCCGAAAUGAAGGUUCUAGCUCGUCUCUUGGCGGAUCUGCACCGAAUGCCAGCACCGUUGAAACUGUCGCAAUGGAGAUUUAUCAAGACGAGACAUCCCAGGAGAACAAACAGUCUGGUUCUAAUAACACGGUAGAGAUUUCCAUUCCGGUCAGUAUCUAUCAGGAUUCUAAGCAGCACAAAACGACAAUUGUUGUCAACGAAAAAGGUGAGGCGAUUUCACCAAUCAAGGAGAUCACUGUCGGCGCAGAGGGUGAAUCAAAAGCUGGACCAUCCAGUGAGCAAUCUCAAUCACCGAAACCUCCACCACCACCGCCACCGAUCGCUUCUGUAUCCGGUCCCUCUGGAGAUAAUUACUACAAGAAAAAUCGGCUGUUCUACAUCAAGAAUAAAUACAACGAAGAAUCUGACGUGGAAGUAGAUGAAGUCAGUAUCAGUUCGGAUGAGCCGCAGGAUCUAUCACAGUCUUUGAUUAAGAUAGACGUGGACACUGACCAGGAUCACGACGAAUUAUCCGAGUCGGACUCUGAAGACGCACCACAAUUGAUGGUUAAGCGACAAAAGUUGGACGAGAACGCCAUGAAUGAGGACGGUUCGCUUGUCGUUGCCCAACAGGAUGCUUCCACUUCGUCGAUCCGCCCACCGAUAAUUGUGACCAGAAGAAAAGUGUCAAUUGAAGGCGCCCAGCAAGGUGUUGGCGUAAGCGGUUCGGAAGGAUCUGCUACUAUUAUGGCGACUCAAGGAAACUCACCCUCUGUUGGGUCUCUGACUGAGCAGCAGGGUACAAUUACGUCAUUUGUGACGUAUACAACAUCCGGAAAUCAAGUAACUGUUUCGACGGGACCAGCUGCUAGUGGUUCGCCUGGAAAAAGCGUUAUUGUACGAGCUGGACCCUCAUCGUCUUUUUCGCCAUCGGCAAGUUCCAACGCAGCUGAAGUCAUUCAGCAUGCCGAGGCUAUGGACCUGCAAGAGAUAUCUGCUCACGUGACAGUGGAGACGACUCCGAACGUUCAGCAGACGGUACAACCGGAACUACCGCCACGUGGAAUUUAUCUCCGUUCAGGAAAUAGUCAAGGUUCGCUAAAUACCUCAAUUCUCUCGGAUAUCCUUCUCGGGCGCUGGCGUCUAUCAUUGAUUUUGUUCGGUCGGGUAUUCCUAGAGGACGUAGGCGUUGAACCGGGUAGUGUGAUAUACGAGCUGAACGGAUUUCCCGUGAAAGAGGCUAAAUUUAGAAGGUAUAUGGAAAAGUUGAGGAACGCCCAGCAAAAGGAUCUCACGUUGUCUAAAAUGGAACGUAACAGGGCGGCGUUACUAACGCAAACGUUCAAAGAACUGAAUACCCAUUACAACAAUCGAAGACUUCAAUCGCCGUUAGCAUUUUCACGGGUAAAAGUAACCUUCAAAGAUGAACCGGGUGAAGGUUCUGGCGUGGCGAGAAGUUUCUACACGUCAAUUGCAGAAGCUCUGUUAGCCAAUGAAAAGUUGCCCAACUUAGAUGCUGCUCAAACCGGUUCAGCAAAAUAUACAUCGGUUCCAUUCAAUACUAUGAUGCAACGCAGCCGAGGAACUAGCAGUGGUGCCGGAGGAAGUAGUUCUACUGGUGCGGGAGGAAGCAGCAGUGCUAGCAGAGAUUCCAGCGUUCGCCGAGGACUUUCCAGCAAGCAACCACUGUGGAGACCGAACCGUGAGUCUCGCAAAACACUCAACUACGACGCAAGGCCGUUCCGACCAGCAAGCGAACAAGUGCAAGUUUCCGCCGGUAGUGGAGGUGUCGGUGGAAACAAUAGCCCACCAUUUUUACACAUCAACGAUAGUUUACCGGCUCAUCAACAACAACUAGGCGAACGAUUAUAUCCUAAGGUACAAGCCUUGUAUCCUAAUAACGCCCCGAAGAUCACUGGAAUGUUGUUGGAUCUACCAGCAACGCAAAUCCUAAUGUUGUUGGCAUCGGAGGAAAGCCUUAGACAGAAAGCCAAUGAGGCACUGGAAAUAAUCUUAAGUCGGCAGCGGCUCGAAAUCGAUAAUCUCAGCGUUGGGGGUGUCGGUGGAUCAUCUUCUUCGGCGUCGGCCGGUGGGGGAUCCGUCGAACAACAAGCUGGUAACAGUUCUGGCUUCCCGCAAGGAUCGAGUGCCGGUUUAUCGAAGAAGAGUGGUCCGGUGUUGAUCCUAGAAGAUUGUCAACUAGACGCACCUUUGUUCUAUUCGCCUGGAAAGCGUGGAUUUUAUAGUCCCCGACAAGGUUACCCCUCGAGCGAUCGACUGAACGCAUUUAGGAAUGUUGGAAGAUUGAUUGGACUGUGCUUACUGCAAAACGAACUGUUUCCACUGUUCCUGCAACGACACGUGCUAAAACACAUCCUUGGUCGUCAGAUUCGCUUCCACGAUUUAGCCUUCUUCGAUCCGGUCGUAUACGAUUCACUCCGACAGUUGGUAAAGGAUUCGAACACCAAGAGUGGUAUCAACAUCCUGCAGAGCCUGGAGCUUAACUUUGUCAUCGAUUUGAUCCCAGAGGAAGGUUCGGGUUCGGUGGAAAUUGUGCCUGGAGGUCGUGACAUUCAGGUGAACGAAAGCAAUGUAUUCGAUUAUGUGCGGAAAUACGCCGAGUAUCGUAUGAUCAAAACGCAAGAGAAGGCAUUAGAUGCUAUACGUUCGGGGGUGUUUGAUGUGCUACCGGAUACGGCAUUGGAUCAACUGACGGCGGAAGAUUUGCGGUUGCUGUUGAACGGCGUUGGCGACAUUCACGUUGGUACUCUGAUCUCAUAUACUUCCUUCAACGACGAAAGCAACGAAAGUAGUGACAAGCUACUAAAGUUUAAAAGAUGGCUCUGGAGCGUCGUGGAGAAGAUGAGCAACCUGGAACGACAAGACUUGGUCUAUUUCUGGACCGGGUCGCCUGCCCUACCUGCCUCAGAGGAUGGCUUCCAGCCGAUGCCAUCAGUAACAAUUAGACCGGCCGACGAUGCCCACCUCCCAACGGCCAACACUUGCAUCUCUAGACUGUAUAUCCCGCUUUACUCCAGCAAGGCAGUUCUUCGGCAUAAGCUGCUGCUAGCAAUAAAAACGAAGAAUUUUGGAUUCGUUUAGAGUUCGGAUACUAAGACCCGAUACCCGAUAGACAAAAAAUAGCCUAGCCUGUACCAAAUUUGUGUUUGGACCAGUGAUAUAAUCGAGAUAAAGAGAAAGAGAGAGCUACUAAUAGCCAACCAGAUCGCAACCAAGCGAAACCUAAGAAGUGUGCACGGCACGAUCAAUGAAAUUGACGAACGAGCUGUAUUUAUGUAUACAACUUUUCAUUCCGCUUCUUUUGUAUGUAAAUAGAUAUAUUUGGUUGAUUGAAGUUUGAUUUGCAAAUUAAAAACCUUGCUUUCAAAAUUCGCUUUGCUGUUGCGAUUCCUUUUGUAUAAUACCUAAUAAAUUAAAAGCAAAGUUACACCCUCGGUGAAUAUAUUAUAGAUUACACGAUACUCGAACGAAGGAAAAGCAGUUUCAUUUGCCUUGUGAAAACGAAUUAGAAACAAGCAAAAAAAAAAGAGAAGUAAUAAGGCUCGCGUUCACUUAGUUGUGCGUCUCUUGGCACUUGGAAUUAUCCUUCCCGAAGGAAACAAGAGUUACUCAAUGAUGUGUCGCGUUUUAAUGUGAUUGAACCAUUUAUAUAAAUUCGAUAUAAAUGCAUCUAAAAGUAAAUUUAUAUAAAUAUAUAUUUAUCAUAUACAAGAAUACACAAUUACUACCGCUACUAUAAUCUAAGCGCAAAUGUCUUUAUUGAAUACCCAUCAAACCGCAUGCAGAUGAUACCGUAGAUAGUACUAGACUCAGUUAUGAUGUUAAACAAUAAUCCAAUUUCAAUUGUGCUGGAUGGAAAGAAACUAAUGCUGCAGCCCGACUACGUUUUCAGAGGAAUUUGCCAUUGGGCCAAAUGUGCAAGGUUCCGCCACCGGUGUCUUAGUGAUGGCGAUUGAAACGCUACAGCUGUCAUCGUCAUUAUAGAAACGAAUUAUUUUGUUAUCAUUAUUUUUAUUGAAGGUUCUUUCUAUUAAGUUUACGAUAGAGCAAAGAAAAUUUUUGUUUAGUAAUUUAUAUUAUGCUAUUAUGAUUGUCUGCUUCAUUUUUUGUUGAACGGUUCUUGUUUUUUAUUUUUCUUUUUCACUUGCGAAUUUUGACACUGAAAUCAACCAACGUACAGAGCAAUCAGCAUUCGUUUCGGGAUAGAUAAAAUAUCUGAAUUGUAACACCACCACGGUCUCUCAUGUUGUAGUAGCAUACGAACGACACACCAUGCCAGUCAAUGUACCAAGAUACAGCGGAAAUAAAAACACUGGAAAUUGGUGAAUAAUAAUCAAACAGGAUAUCCUCGUCUGCUCAUUCACGCGCACUAUAUUAGAUGGUGUUUAACCGAAAAUGGUAUCAAACUGUUACACUCAAGAGUAAUACAAUAAGCAAACUGAACUAUUAAAUCGUAAUUUCAAAGAAAUACAUUUUAAAAACAUGUAAAAAUAA